GCUCCGGGGCCGGUCUGGGGCGCGCUGCCCUUCUCCGAGUGCUCCCAGCCGGAGCCUGCCGGGCACCCCGGAUCCCAGGCGGCCCCGGUUGUCCUUGGCUCCAGCGUAUCCCAGCUUGGGCCCACGCUGGCGGGCGGUGAUAGCCUGGGGCCCCCUGCCUGGCCCAGGGGCACUAGAGUCCAGCGGAGAGGGUGAAGAAACCAAGACUCAGAGCCCAAGCUACUCGCUGGGGUCACACACACAGCCCUAAGGAGGCAGAGCCAGAACUCGCCCAGACCCAGAGACGACAGGAAAAUGGCCACCUGGGAUGAAAAGGCAGUCACCCGCAGGGCCAAGGUGGCUCCUGCCGAGAGGAUGAGCAAGUUCUUGAAGCAUUUCACUGUUGUGGGGGACGACUACCAUGCCUGGAACAUCAAUUACAAGAAGUGGGAGAAUGAAGAGGAGGAGGAGGAGGAGGAGCAGCCGCCGCCGCAAACGCCGGCCUCGGGCGAGGAGGGCAGAGCCACUGACCCGGCUGCAGCCCCUGUCCCUCUGCCCAGGCCCCGCCUAGACUUCAGGAGCACUUUGAGGAAGCUCUUCAGCGCCCACAGGUUUCAGGUUAUCAUCAUCUGCCUGGUCAUUCUGGAUGCCCUCCUGGUGCUCGCUGAGCUUGUCCUGGACCUGAAGAUCAUCCAGCCUGACAAGAAUAACUAUGCCAACAGGGUAUUUCACUACAUGAGUGUGGCCAUCUUGACCUUUUUUAUGAUGGAGAUUUUCUUUAAAAUAUUUGUCUUCCGCUUCGAGUUCUUUCACCACAAGUUUGAGAUCCUGGAUGCCAUUGUGGUGGUGGUUUCCUUCAUUCUUGACGUUGUCCUCCUGUUCCGGGAGCAUGAGUUUGAGGCACUGGGGCUGCUGAUUCUGCUCCGGCUGUGGCGGGUGGCCCGGAUCAUCAACGGGAUCAUCAUCUCGGUUAAGACACGUUCAGAACGGCAGCUGUUAAGGUUAAAACAGAUAAAUAUACAACUGGCCACCAAGAUCCAGCACCUUGAAUUCAGCUGCUCUGAGAAGGUAAGAAUAUGGUUGGGAAAAUGCCCUCUGUCUGCCCAGAGGGUUCCCUCCCUCCAGCUGGGUGCUCCUCCCUGUCAGGCCUGUGCUCAUACGGGGCCCUUAGUCCUGAGCCCCCUUCCCUGGGUCACGUCUUCCUGGUUCUUUCAGACUCAGCUCCCUCCCUGCAGCUGCACCAGGCACCCUCCUUCAGGUAUCUGUCCUGGCCUGGGCCCGCUGAUUGAUUCCACAAGGAGCAUGGCGUUCAUUCAGCUCUGUGUCCCUGGGUUGUGCCUGGGGCUCACUGCAUGACUGCCACGUGCCAGGUGAGGCUCAGAAGGUAAAUCCAGUUAUUUGUCUGCUUUUGUAAUAACAGGAACAAGAAAUUGAAAGACUUAACAAGCUAUUGAAACAGCAUGGACUUCUUGGUGAGGUGAACUAGACGCUAUCUGCUCCACCCUGAAGGGAAGACCCUGCCUUACUGGCUUGUGACGCUUGUGACAAGAAGGAUAGCUCCCCCUCCUGGGGCUGUGUCGGGAGAGGUUUGCUUUGACGGCCUUGCCUCACUGUCGCCAGCUCGGAUUCUGGGGACACGGACUUUCAGAAGGCUCUGUGUCUUCCUGGGCGUGACUGAGAAUGUCCAUCCCCCAUCCCACCCCACACUCUAACAAAUGUAUCAUAAAACUAUACUUUUCUCAUGUCCAGCACUUUCCUCUUGCUUGAAAAUGAACAAAGCUGGACAGUUACCAGCAGUAUAUAAUCUCA